CCAAAGCAUCACCAGUUCUUGUGACACCCAUAACCAUAAUCUGGCUGCAAUGGCGGUCCAAAUCCCGGCUAUUAGGGACGGUAGCGGUAGGAGAAGAUAACAAGGGAAUGGACUAUGGAGGAUAGCGGGGAAGGCGGCAAGUAGGACAAGCAGGAUACCGGGGCUUGGCGCUCUAGGGCGGUGGUUAUUCUAGUUCAAAAUAUAGCGCCAACCAUCAUCAUCACCAUCAUCUUACUGGAUGUCUGGAUUAGCUUUCCGACGACGCGCGUACAGUCACCAGGCAUGAAGAUCACCGUGCACUCGUCCAAGGCCGUCAGGCCCGACUACGGCGCCGGCCGCGCCCCGUUCGCGGCGGCGGGCGCCGUCCCGCUCACGGUGUUCGACAGGGCCAGCUUCGACCAGUACAUCUCCGGCAUAAGCUUCUUCCGCCCGCCGGCCCCGCCCACCGCCGUUCUCGAGGCGGGGCUGGCCAGGGCGCUCGCCGAGUACCGCGAGUGGGCCGGCCGGCUCGGCGCCGACGCCCGGGGCGGCCGCGCGAUCCUGCUCGACGACGCGGGCGCGCGGUUCGUCGAGGCGACGGCCGACGUCGCGCUCACCAGCGUCAUGCCGGCGCUGGCGGAGCCGGCGCCCGCGGCGGCGGGGCUGCACCCGAGCGCCCCCGGCGCCGGCGGGGAGCUGCUGAUGGUCCAGGUCACGCGGUUCGCGUGCGGCUCGAUCGCCGUCGGCCACACCAUGAGCCACGUCGUGGCCGACGGGCGGGCCGCCUGCAACUUCCUGCUCGCGUGGGGCCAGGCCACCCGCGGGGUCCCCGUCGACCCGGUUCCGGCGCACGACCGGGCGUCGCUCUUCGUGCCCCGGGACCCGCCGCGGUUUGAGUUCGAGCACCGCGGCGUCGAGUUCGGGCCGCCUCACCCUCGCCCUCACGGCGGGGAGGCGCGCGACGCCGGCGACGCGGUGGUCGUGCACCGGGCGCACUUCAGCCGGGAGCUGGUCUUCGAGCUCAGGUCGCGGGCGUCGGCGCGGGCGCCGCGGCCCUACGGCACGGCGCUGUGCCUGGUGGCGCACCUGUGGCGGUGCAUCACGAGGGCGCGCGGGCUCGACGGGGGCGCGGUCACCGCGCUGCGCGUCGCCGUGGACGGGCGGGCGCGGAUGACCGGCCCCCCGCGUGGGGUGCCCGAGGGGUACACGGGCAACGCCGUGCUCUGGGCGCGGCCGGCCGCCGCCGCGCGGGAGCUGGUGGACGGGCCGCUGUGGCACGCCGCGGAGCUCGUGGCCCGGGCGGUGGCCCGCGUCGACGACGCCUACUUCCGGUCGUUCGUCGACUUCGCGUGCUCCGGGGCGGCGGAGCGGGAGGGGCUGGUCCCGACGGCCGACGCGGCGGAGAAGGUGCUCAGCCCGGACGUCGAGGUGGACAGCCUGCUGCACGCCGCGUUCUGCGACCUGGACUUCGGCGGCGGUCGGCCCUUCUUCUUCAUGCCCGGCUACCUGCCGGACGAGGGCUCCGUCUUCCUCGUGCGGUCCUUCUCCGGUGACGGGGGCGUCAGCGCCUACGUGCCCCUCUUCAGCCGCGCCAUGGAAAGCUUCAAGAGAUGCUGCUACUCGCUGGGAUCGGUGGACGCACGUCUUUAGAAUUUAGACCCCUGUCUGCUCUUUUGCUGGUGCUUGUUGUAAUCCGAUCUCCGCCGUCUUGAACUGAUUCAAAACCUUUGCAAAUCGAAUGAUGCUAAGAGGUCUCGCAUAUUUCAUGCA